CACAAUGAGGCGAUCCAAUCCGGUGAUGGACGCUGCUUGCUGCUGAGGGGGGCAAGUGCCAGCGUCAAUAAAAUUUGACGUAGAGCCGAACGAUAAGAUGAAAUCGAUCACCUCCCCGUUUCUAGUCGCCCCCAGUUGUGCAUAAAAUUUGAGAUCGCCGGUUGUCCCAAGAAAACGAGCGUCAUGGCUCCGCGACACAACCUUGUGGUUACGGUCGCUUUUCAUGUGGUCUGCCUUGCUACAGUUGCCGUACCUGUCUUGGUCUUUUUUGCGGCGGGAAGACCGUUCAAGCGGGGUUUCUUCUGCGACGACGAAUCGUUGAUGUACCCGUUUCGUGAAUCGACGGUCACGUCCAACAUGCUGUAUCUGUUCGGCACGUUCAUCCCUGUGAUCACGAUGCUGGUGCUGGAAAUGGUGCGAGGCUACACCCAGGUCCCCGAGACCAUCGCCACGAGCAGCCGCCCAUUCCUGCGGUGGAGGGUGCCCCCCGUGCUGCAGGUGCUCUACGUCAUGGUGGGGGUGUUCGCAUUCGGGGCGGCCUCCAGUCAGCUGGUGACGGACAUCGCCAAAUACACCAUCGGCAGGCUGCGCCCGCACUUCUUCGACCUCUGCCAGGUGGCCAACCUCGACCAGCUGUGCAAGGACCCGCACGCGUACGUGGAGGACUUCCAGUGCAAGGCCAGCAUCAGCGACCACUUGCGCAAGGAGAUGCGGCUGUCCUUCAUGUCGGGGCACUCCUCCUUCUCCGCCUUCACCAUGCUGUACACCGUGCUGUACCUGCAGGCUCGCAUGCCCUGGCGGAGCCCCCUGGCUCGUGCCGGCCGCGCCGUCAUCCAGAUGGCGCUUUUGUGCCUGGCCUGGUACACGGCACUGUCCCGCAUCUCGGACUACAAGCACCACUGGAGUGACGUCCUCGCGGGCGCCUUUCAGGGCUACCUGGCAGCCAUACUUGUGGUCUGGGGUCUCUCGCCGCUGUGGCAGCAGUUGAGACGCCAAUCGUCGAUCAACGGCGACAGCGACACCUACCAGUCCUGCCGGACCGAAACCGCCGUUCCGCUUCCUCCGCGGGGACGACCCCGCGGCGCCGACAUGCCGUGAGCCGAACCACCCUCGCAUCCCGACGUGCCACGGAAUUUGCCGGCAGUCGCCGACUGAGGUGCUUCGGCUUCGACGCACGUUUACGGCUGCGGCGUCCGUCGUUACUGCGCCACCUCCUCGACCGCGGCGCACCAGUUCGUUUCUUCGGGCCACGUUUAACGUCCAAGCUACCUCGAACCCUGUACCUUACACGGAGUAAUUCCCGGUAACACAUGUACUUUGCAAUAAUUAGAAAACAUUAUGGAUGCUCUCUAAUCGUGCGACAUGGGUGCCGUACUUUCUGGACCAUUUCCGCAUCCGGUGCAUAGACUGCAGUCUAAAAUAUAUGGUACGCGUUUUUUUAACUUCAGCGUCGUUCCCUAGAUAGUUCAAAGGCACGAUAGUUGAUAACUAGAGUGCCGCAUUAACGACGGGUGUCGCUGUUUAAUCGGCGGCGAUGUUGAAACGCCCCGGGGUGCUACGAGAUUGGCGUGCGACUGGUUUUAGCGAUUGGUGGCUUUUAAAACCGAGUUUCAAUCGUCCGCAUGCCAAGGGAUCGCGCGGCAGAACUCUUACGUUACGCCAGAGGUGAUGGUUGUUUGUUUCGCUGGGAAGCAGUGAAAGUGAAGGGUAGCAAAGAAAGCACAUUCUCUCGCCUAGUACAAGAUUCUCGGAUUUGCAUUCAUUUUAAGAUGCUACGAGCAGUUGCCAAAAAUUCAUUCACCCGGAUUUCACUUAACAUACUUUGGCAGAUAUGUCACAUCAUUGCGUGGAUUUCUAAUAAGCAUGGUACCAAAUGUUAGUCUCGUCAUUCUACCUCGACAAGCGCCUACUUACCACUUGCGUCAGUCGGUCAUCUUUUAGUGUCGUUACAAGUAACGUGUCAUUGCUUUAGUAACUUCUUCAUUCUUAGAACUCGAGAAAUAUUGAAUCAUUACGACGGUAAAGCUACACUUAAUGUGUGUAUUUAACUAAUAUUUAAAAAAAAAAAAGAAUUACAAUUCCAUGUUUUACUAAUUGACAGAUUACAAAAGAGUUGUUACCAAACAAUGAUGCAGGUGCAUUUUAUCAGGAACAAGAACCACGGUUGUCGCUGCACCAAAAACGCGACAAACGUCUCGAUAACUUGUCGACCCCCCGUGGUGCCAUGCGACUGUGAUGCAUUUGGUACCAAUUUUCAAAAUGACCUUCAUAAUCUAUUGUACAUCAUCUAGAGCCUAGGCACUCGGUUCUUAGUGCACAUAGCAGCAAUGUAAAGCUUCAUAGUGAUAACAGCCAUGUUACUGCGCCAUGACCUGAAGUUGCCCCAUGUUCUAGAGGAAAGAGCAUUUGCUCAAGAUGUGUUCAUUGCCUUCACCCGGCUUUCCGUGUGCGUGUAUUGCGUUCACAGCUCUUUAUCCUUAGCCGUGUCUUUCAUCACGAUUCCUGGCCACUCUUUGCACGAGAUUAGAAUCCCCUUCUUCUGCAGCAAACUCGUUAAGUUUGAUCUUGUGGUAAAUGUACUUAAAUGAACCGUAACUGGUCGAGCGAAAACUCUGAGGGUUCGUUAUUUUGAGAUUAUUUUUCCAGCUGACCCCAUGCUAAACACGAACUGGCGAUACUAGCGCUCAUAUUGACACUAGUGUCUAUUUUUGAAGUUUAAAGGACACCCUAAAAACAUUGUUAAAAAAAAAACAAAAAAACUUUAAUGUUACAAUUUUUUUACCCAUGUUCUUUUUCAUCCCAUUUCUGUCAAAGAUUUUAAUGGAUUUCAUCUAUGUAUUUUAUUUAAUAUAUAACUGAAUAAUGUAUAAAGCAUUAUAAACGGAUUUGCCUUCUUUAAUAGCUGUAGCAUCUUUGCAUGGUUGCAUAGCACCACAAUACAUGCGCCUCAACAGCAGCGGUUGCUGUUAGUCUAGCAUUGCUCAGUGUAACAAGGUAAAAAAAGGUGCUUCAGUAGCAAGCUGUCUCACCUUUGUGUCCAGGUAAAACUGUUCAUUACAGCAUGCUGUCAUUCAAAUAAGGUUACUGGUUUCUGGUACAUAAAAAAAAUGUUGACAUUUAUGUGCUUGAAAUUUGAUUUUCAUGAAAAAGAAAACAAGAAAAACACUGAAAAUGUGGUAGGCCUUUCAGCGUUUCAUUGCAUUAUUGUUGAUUACCUCUCAUAGACAUCAGUCAUGAUGCGGAUAGUCAUCGGUCAUGCGACGAUUUGUUACAUUCUGUACUAUUUCACUACCAAUUGCUUGUUGGCACACCUUCUUAUCCAGUUUUGUAAAUGCGGUAUUGUUACAUUGAGUCCUGUUGGUAAUCGAGGCCAGAAACCAGAAACCCCACCUAUAACUACUGUACUAGUGUUAAAUCGGCGCAGUGUCUGUUGUGCAUACUUUGAACUACUCUUGCAUCCAGACGCGUUGUUUGCAUGCUGCUGUGGCACAUUUCGUGGAAAGUUUAUUUCUCUGCUUUGAGACGAUUGGGAGUGGCAGGACUGCCUUGACAAUGCCUCGCACCGAAACUGCCUUUUUCGCCUAUUGCAUUGCCACACACUGCCUUCUGUCUGCCACCUCAGGUUGUAUGCCGCUUUAGCGUUGAAGUUGAACUUUAGCAUUGUGCUAAAUGCUUUCGAGCAAUCAAUAAACGCCGCAUUUUGUUGCUA